AUGACCAACCUCUUCGACGGCAUCGCCCACAUUGUCCAGGGCAUCUUCCAGAGCAUCCUCGCCGCUAUCCAGGGUAUCUUCCACCUCAUCUACUCGGUCUUCCACGCGGUCUUUUCCCUCGCCUGGGGUCUCGUCGAGAAUCUCGCCUCCUUCGUGGGCUCUUCAGCCCACUUUGUCUUCUCCAAUAUUGUCAUUCUUGGUCUCUUGGCUCUUGCCUUCUUCAUCUACCAGGACAGGCAGACUAAGGCUCGAGUAGGGGGACAGAAGAAGGUGGCUUGA